GCAUCUUCACACUAUGGGGCAGGAGCUGAGGCAACUAGGGGUAGCCCUCUGGUGGGUUGGCAUUCUGCAGGGCAUCUCCGGGGCUUCCAGCCUUCACUACCGCUACCUCUGGAGAAACUGCUACCCAUGUUACUUGGGGCACACAGGAUAUGACCACUCCGCACUGAGGCCAGAUGUCGACGAGUGCCAAGUUCACAAUGGGGGCUGCCAACACAGAUGUGUGAACACUCUGGGGUCCUAUUAUUGUGAGUGCAAGCCAGGAUCGCGCCUUCACACAGAUGGCAGGACCUGCCUUGGCAUCAAUACCUGCUCCAUCAACAACGGCGGAUGUGAACAUGAUUGCCUGCAGCUCACUGUCUCGCAGCAUCAGUGCCAAUGCCGACCCGGCUACCAGCUGAAGGACGAUGGGAAGCAUUGUGUUGUAAGAAAUCCAUGUGCUGAUCGGAAUGGAGGCUGCAUGCACAAAUGCCAAAAUCGCCGUGGGGUGGCACACUGCGAAUGCCACCCCGGAUACAGGCUGGGGCAUGACCACAAAGCAUGCGAAGAUAUAAACGAAUGUGUGGCUGGGCUGGCCACGUGUGCACACAGUUGCCUGAACACUCGCGGUUCCUUUAAAUGCACUUGCAAUCCAGGCUACGAACUAGGGGCAGAUGGCAAGCAAUGUUAUCGGAUAGAAAUGGAAAUUGUGAACAGCUGUGAGACCAACAACGGUGGUUGUUCCCAUCUUUGCCGUCACACGAGUUCCGGACCUGUCUGCGCCUGUAACCUGGGGUACCAACUGGAUGAAGAUCAGAAAACUUGCAUUGAUACAGACGAAUGCAGUGCCGGUUCUCAUUGCUGCCAACAGGAAUGCUAUAAUUACCCUGGAGGGUACGAGUGCAUUUGCUACGCUGGCUACCGGCUGAACACAGAUGGCUGCAGCUGUGAUGACGUGGAUGAAUGCUCUUUCAACAAUGCCGGGUGUGAACACUCCUGCCAGAACCUGCUGGGUUCCUAUCAAUGCGGCUGUCAGACUGGCUACAAACUGGAAGACGACCGAAGGAGCUGUAGUUUGCUUGAAGAAUCCGUAGAAGCCCUGGACGGUCGCCACCCCAUCAUGCGUCCCCUCCCCCACGUGGCCAUCUUGCGGGAUGAACUCACUCAGCUCUUUGAGGAUGAAUACGAUGAGGAAGAGGAGGAGGCAGAAGCCAGAGGGGAGCACACCCUGUCUGAGAAAUUCAUCUGCUUGGAUGAAACUUUUGGCCACGAUUGUAGCCUAACCUGUGAUGACUGUCAGAACCAGGGGAUCUGCAACGAGGACCGGUCAGGCUGUGACUGUGCAGAUGGCUGGAGUGGAAUCGUCUGCAACCAGACCUGUCCAGAGGGCACAUUUGGCAAGAACUGCAGCUUUACCUGCCUCUGCCAAAAUGGAGGCACGUGUGAUCCGGUAACGGGGGCCUGCCGCUGUCCACCCGGAAUCAGUGGAGAGCUGUGUGAGGAUGGAUGCCCAAAAGGAUUUUUUGGGAAGCACUGCAGGAAGAGAUGCAACUGUGCCAACAGGGGGCGCUGCCACCGGAUUUAUGGGGCCUGCCUCUGUGACCUUGGCCUGUAUGGGCGAUACUGUCAUCUAGCUUGUCCAAAGUGGGCCUACGGUGCUGGCUGCUCUGAGGAAUGCCAGUGUGUGCAGCGGAACACCCAGGAGUGUGACAAGAAAGAUGGCACCUGUUUGUGUAAACCUGGUUACCAUGGUAGAAAGUGCCAGACAAAGUGCGAUUCUGGCCAUUAUGGUGCCGGCUGCAGGAGCAAAUGCGAUUGUCCUUCUGGGGCUCCUUGCGACCAUGUGAAUGGAGAGUGUCAAACAGAAUGUCCAGCAGGCUACCACGGAGAGAACUGCACUCAGGAAUGCACCAAAGGGAAAUACGGGGUGAACUGCUUGAAGGCCUGUUCCUGUAAUGGCUCACCGUGUGACCGGUUCACAGGGAAGUGCCAGUGUGUGGCUGGAAAGACCGGAGUGGAUUGCGGCCAGGAUUGCCCUGAAGGUCGCUGGGGGCAGGGAUGCCAGGAAAUCUGCCCAGAGUGUGCAAAUAAAGGUCGCUGCGACCCUCCCACAGGCGUUUGCUUGUGCCGCCCUGGAUACACAGGCAGCCGCUGCCAAGACGUAUGCCCCCCUGGCUGGUUUGGGCAGGAUUGCCAGAUGCGCUGCAACUGUGGUAAUGAAGGCUACUGUCACCCAGAGUCGGGGAAGUGCAGCUGUGCCCCAGGCUGGACUGGCUACAAUUGCCAAAGAGCCUGUGAUGUUGGCCGUUGGGGUCCCGAUUGCUCUAACACUUGCAACUGCAGCAACAGUGACGGGAGUUGCAAUGCUGUGACGGGGCAGUGCAUUUGUGAAGCUGGCUACACGGGAGCCCGUUGUGAUCAGAAAUGCCCUGAAGGAAGCUUUGGCCCCAACUGCCGGCACCGGUGCCAGUGUGAUAAUGGAGCCACGUGUGACCACGUCAGUGGGGCCUGUACUUGUGCUCCUGGCUGGAGGGGCACCUUUUGCGAGCGCUCCUGUCCAGAUGGGUUUUAUGGGGUGGAAUGCCGGGAGACCUGCCAGUGCCUGAAUGGAGCCCACUGCGAUCCCAUUACGGGGCAUUGCAUAUGUCCUGCUGGCUGGAUUGGCCCGAACUGCAACCAGACUUGCCGGGCUCACUGGUACGGGGAGAACUGCAGCCACAAAUGCAGCUGCUUCAAUGGUGCCACCUGUGACCAUGUCAGUGGGCAGUGCCUCUGUGCGCCUGGAUGGACAGGAGCCGCCUGCAAGCAAGCAUGUCCAGACGGCUUCUACGGAACAAGCUGCCAGCAGCAGUGCCUGUGUCAAAAUGGUGGAACGUGCGAUCCUGUAACUGGGCACUGCAGAUGCUCCGAAGGAUGGAUUGGGUUGGCCUGUGAGCUGGAGUGUGCCCAAGGAAAAUACGGAAUGGACUGCAAGGAAAGCUGUGACUGCCUGAAUGGGGGGCUGUGCCAGAAGCAGACGGGGCACUGCCUUUGCCGUACUGGAUGGACAGGAGAGAAGUGCCAAACCCCUUGCCCAGAGGGGACAUACGGGGACCGGUGUGAGAAGCGGUGUGACUGUGAGAACAGCAUUUCAUGCCACCACAUCACAGGUGCUUGCGACUGCUCGCCAGGGUGGAGAGGACGUCACUGUGAAAAAGCCUGCCUGCCCGGUUCCUUCGGGAAGGACUGCGCCUCCAGCUGUGACUGUGCUCCGGGACUACCCUGCAACCACAUCACGGGCGAGUGCAGCUGCCCACCAGGGUUCACGGGCCACGGAUGCGAGAAAACCUGUCUGCCGGGGACGUUUGGGCUAAACUGUGGCAGGAUUUGCCGGUGCGCGGGAGUGAACCAUGACUGCCACCCAGUGACCGGGGAGUGUAUCUGUGCAUCAGGAUUCUAUGGCAGCAGUUGCCGGCAGCGAUGCCCUUCUGGACGCUACGGCCCGAAUUGUGAGAGGCAGUGUAACUGCAAGAACGGGGGGCACUGCGAGACCACCACGGGGGUGUGCCAGUGUCCCGCUGGAUACGUGGGGGCUGACUGCAGUACCGCUUGCCCGGCUGGUCGUUUCGGCACUGACUGCGCGCUCGUGUGUUCCUGCGGUGAGGGCGCCACUUGUCAUCACGUGACCGGAUCCUGCGUUUGCCCGCCAGGGAGAACUGGUCCCAGCUGCGAGGAGGGUUGUCAGAAGAAUCAGUACGGGGCUGGUUGUCAGCAGACAUGCACCUGCCAUAACAGGGGAAUCUGCCUUGCAGCAAACGGCUCCUGCCUAUGUGGUCUUGGGUGGACAGGGAGAUUCUGUGAACUAGGAUGUCCCCCAGGGAAGUAUGGGGCCAACUGCCAGCUGAACUGCCCCUGCCGAAACAACACAACCUGUGAUCCAGUGACAGGCGCUUGCCACUGCGACAAAGGCCGCUAUGGGACCUUGUGUGAACAUUCCUGCCCAGCUGGUUUCCAUGGAGCUGGCUGUCAGGAGGUGUGCGAUUGUAAGAAUGGAGCAACGUGUGAUCCGGUGACUGGGGAAUGUAUUUGUCCUCCUGGCUUCUAUGGCAACCGAUGCCAGACAGGCUGCGAGGAGGGGAGAUUUGGAGAAAAGUGUCAACAUCAGUGCAACUGUGGAAAUGGCACGCCGUGUGACCCAACCACGGGGCACUGCCUGUGCCCUCCAGGGAAGACCGGCAGCAAGUGUGACGUAGAUUGCCCACUGCAGAAAUUUGGCCCUGAUUGCACUCUGUCCUGCGAGUGUCCCAUGACCAAUGCUUACUGCAACCCCCGAAAUGGACGAUGCGUUUGCCUUAAUGGAUACAUAGGAGCCAGGUGUCAAGAAGGAGGGCCACCUCAGCUGCUUACGAGCACAAGCCAACAGGUGGAACCACUUGUACCAUCUCGGACUUCCUACCAGGCUUCCUCCAGAAUGGCCUUGUCCUCUCUGAAGCAUUAGGGCUUGUCCUCGUCCUCUCCAAGGAGAACAUGACCCUGUGAAGACGGGUCGCGAAAAAAGUCCAGCCGCAAGAGCAGGAAAUGGUUUGCCAGAACCGCUUCCGUCUCUGCACCAGCUCACCGCCCGCAAGCUCUUCUCGAACUGCAAAACUGAGAUCAACUCGUGAAGGAGAAGGAUACCUCUUGAACCAGCACAUGUCUGUCUCCCGCCAAAACCAGCAGGGGUGAAGCCCAGCUUCAUCUCCACGCAAGUGCAGAAGCAAUUUGUAAGUACACAUAGCCAUUUGCUGCUCUGGACUUUGGGAGUGCAGCAUGUAACUAUGACUUAUUUUUUGGUUCUUUUGAAAAUAUCAAGUUACAUUUUGUAUUUAUGUAAAGAUAUUUAUGGGCGGAUGU